AUGUUCCGCAGCACGUGCUCGCUGAAGCCUGAGCAGUGGGGGGUGGCCGAGCACGAGACCUUGCUUCGCAUCAUCGAGCUGGCGGGGCAGUACGACCAAUUGGACGUGACGAACCUGGCGUGCAUGGAGGCGGCGGCGCGUAGGGUGCAGACCAACGAGUGGGCCUACCACGAUAAGAUCAGGGAGACGGACGCAGGGUCCACCUCGCGGCUAUCCAUCGAGGAGGCCACGGCCUUCUCGGGCCUCAGCCGAGCGGGGGACUUGAUGACGGUGGCGCCCGCUCUCCUAGAGCACGUGAAGUUGCAAGUAGAGAAGGACGCGGCCAUCAUGAAGAACAUCAGGAAGGCCAAGGAGGAGAGGGAACUGAGGAGGAAGGACAACAAGGGGAACAACAAGGAGAAGGGGCGUCGCAUCCUGAGGCGCCAGGCCGUCGCCAGCAUAGCCGACCAGGCGAUCUACACCCUCAACGACUUGGCAGGCGGCGAGCGGGGGUCUUCCGUCUCGCAGCCUGGCGAGGGGCGGGCCCCGCACGGGGCAGUGCAGCGACGUGUAUAUGCGGCCGCCGCGGCGAUGGGCCCGCCACCUGCUCUUUCGCCCUCGGGAGCCCUGCAGGAGCUCCGGGGGUGCGCGGUGCACGAGGACGUCCAGUCCACCGCGGUGCCCUUCGACGAUAUGAAGGCCUCCCUGCCGAUGGGGGCCCUCGAGACCUACAUGGACGAGGUGCUUCGGAACUCUCCGCAUGAAUACCGGCGGCUGGUCAAAAGGUUCUCGGCCGCGGACCCCGUCCAGCUCAGCACGGGCGCUGGCCUCGGGAACUUAGAGGUGCCGGACGGGGCGCGGCUGUACGUCGGCCACGUGGAUAUCAAGGAUGCCUUCUACCACUUCGAGCUGCCGGAGCGCGUGCGCAACUUGUUCGCGCUGCCGGCGGUGCCGGCCUGGGUGGCUGGCCUUGCUGAGGUGGGCGGCGUGAGAGUGAGCCCGGGCACCCCUGUGUACCCGCGGCUUCGAGUGCUUCCCAUGGGAUGGUCACACGCACUGUGGGUUUGCCAGACCUUGCAUCGCCGUAUCAUCCAGGAUAUUCCGGGCCUCGAGCCAACCUCGUUUCUACACGACCGAGGGCCAGCGCCUGCGACCACCCCCGCGUGCCACACCGUCUACGUUGACAAUUUUUUGGCGCUGGGCACCUGCCGAUCGACAGUCGAGCGGCUGGUGCGUCAGGUCGAUGAAGCUCUGCAGUCCCGGGGCCUUCCGACACACGAGGUAGCCACGUGCUCACUGGAGGAGGAGGUCCUUGGGUGGGAAAUCAACGGAAGACUGGGCUUCAUUCGACCGCGUCCAGAACGUGCGUGGCGCAUGCGUCUUGCGCUGGACGGCCUGUUAGAAACGAAGAAGGUGUCCGCCCGCGACAUCGAGAAAGUUGUGGGGCACUGCACCUUCCUAGCCCUCCUCAGUCGGACCUCGCUCUCCAUCUUCCGCUCCGUCUACACCUUCGUCGCUCGUCAUCGUGAUCACGGUACCGUGCCGCUCUGGGAGUCUGUUCGCUGGGAGCUCGAGGCCUUCAGGAACGUCAUUCCUUUGAUUCGUCGUGAUUUGGGGGCUCCGUGGAGUUCGAAGGUUAUGGCAUCGGACGCUUCUUUCUGGGGCUACGGCGUCGUCUCACGGGACCUCCCUCCGGACAAAGUUCAACAACUAGGGCGUGUCAGUGAACGAUGGCGGUUCUCGGGUAAGGCUCAGGUCAGAUCUCGUGAAGGGGUUCUGGGGCCCGACGGGGAGCUCGACAUCGGCGACUGGGUGAAGAAGGUGGAGGAGGACAGUCAGGAGAGGGAGGACGCCCUUUCGGAUCUGCCGGAGGUCUUGAAGGAGAGGGGGUGGGCGGUGCUGAUGAGCAAGAAAUGGGAGGUCCCCAUCUCCAACAUCGUUCAGGGAGAGGCUCGGGGCCUCACUGCUGCUGUAAAACAUGUAUGCCGAUCUAUGAAGAAUUUUGGACGUCGCCACCUUCUCAUGUUGGAUUCCCUUACGUGCGUACUGGCUCUGUGCAAAGGACGCUCAUCCGCCGUCGGCGUCUGCGCCGCUCUCAGAUCCGUGGCCGCCCAUGGCCUUGCCACGGGCGCGGUCUUCUCGGGCCGCUGGUUCCCCAGCGAGUGGAACCAUGCUGACGGGCCGUCGCGGGGGCUUGGCCACGCUGGAUACGGAGGCGCCUCUGCUGGCAAGGUCGACGCCCAGAGCGACCACCGCGCCGCGGGGGACAGCUGCGGCGCCGCGAGUGGGUCCGAGGUCGCCCGCGCGGACCUACCCAGUGCGGGGCUGCCCAGUGCUGGGUCGGCGACGGCCGAGGGCGUCCUCGCCGCCGAGCGUGGCGACGGCAGGACAUGCCCGCGGCUGCUGCGCAGCACUGCCACCCAGCUGAAGGCAGCGCGGCGAGCGCUGCGGCUGCCGAUAGCAGGUCGACAGCGCUAUCUGCAGGCUCGGUCCGUCCGGACCGAAGCGGUGCGCCUACGCUAUUCGGAGUUCCUAGAGGAGCUGGACCAGUGGCUCGGGCUCAGCGGCCUGAGUCGCAGGCCGUGCCCGAGCGGCCGCCUGGGUGCUGGGGCCGUGGGCCAGUUCGACCAGGACCUGAGCGACUGGAUGAACGAGCAGUACAUGGAGGGCUACGACCACUGGCGUGGGUCGAACAUGAUG